UGUUUAUUUUUUCUCCUAUUUUGACAACCAUUUUUUAAAGGUUAUAUUUUUAAUAAUAUUGAGGUGGCAUGUAGGUAAUUAGUAAAGUUUGGGGACAUGCUGUGCUAUUACAAAUAUCAAGCUUAUACUUACUUAAAUCGCCCACACUCGUCCAUCUUUGAAAUGUUAUGAAAUUGAAUUUAAAUAUAAAUUUAUUCCAUCAUGAUUGCCGUACAGAAUUAUUCUGUACUUUUAGUGUGUUUCUUUAUUGCUAUAAUUUCUAGUGAUCAGAACACUACUGCUUUUACUGGUAAUUCAACUGGAAAUAAGGAUUUAUAUAUUGAAGCCGAGAAUGUUAGAAAAGUAAAUAAAUCAAUGCAAAUGCAAACUUCCAAGCAAGUUGUGUCGUCAACUUUGGGAACACAUAUGGGAAGAGAACAUGUAAUGAUAUCCCCUAAUCCUAACAUAAUUACUACAACAAACAGCACAGUACAAGCUAAUUCUGAACCUGUAAAACCUGUUCACGAGGGUGCACGCCCUAUUGCAGAUCUCGAUAUAGCACCAAAACAAGACGACGACAAGCCCAGUGUGCCAAAAAAAAGUGUCAAGUUUGUUGAUGUAGAACCACCAACUAAUGUUUCCACAAAUUUAAGUAACAAGAAAAUUGAUACCAAUUCCAGUGGAUUAGACAGUAACUUGAAAAAAGUUUUUAAUAUAACUGAAACCGUUCCAAAAACUAAUGCUUCCAUUGUAAUUCACAAAAGCAAGAAGCCUUUAGUGACAGAAUCUGAUAGUGAUUAUAUUGAUCUAUCAAGCCCAGAAGAAAAUGUUAUAAGUGCCGAUCAAAUUGAUCCCCUAUUGUCCAAAAAACAAAGUAAACGUUCCGAUUAUAUUGUGCCAAUUGUGGUUGUUAUUUUGUCUGUGCCCCUGGUGGCAAUAGCAUUAUCUUUUGUCUAUAAACGCGUUGCUUAUUGGUGGCAGCAUAGAAAUUAUAAGAGAAUGGACUUUCUUAUUGAAGGAAUGUAUCAUAACUGAUUAUCUAUUAUUUAGAAAAAUACCAUAGGACCAAAAUUAAUAGCGCUGAUUUUUGCAUAGAAAUGCCAGUCUAUGAUAAUUUUAAGUAUUAUUUUUAUUGAAAGUUAUUAACUUCGAUCAAAAUUUCAAAGGUCACUUUGACGCUUUUUUCUUUUGAUUACUUUUUGAAAGAUUAUUUUAAUUUUAGAAUAACCUUUAUACAUACAUGUUUAUUGUUUUCAUAUUUUAUAAUGUUGACCCAAAGAUAAUUAAUAUCUAACUAUAUUGUUGACUACUUACUACUUUUUUAUGAUAAGGCAUUUAUUUUCGCAAUAUAUAAAAGUGUAUAUUUUAUAAAUAUUUAUAUAUUUGUUGAAUGCAGUGAUAAAAGGUAUAAAAUAUUUUUUCUGGAAGUUUACCAAUCUAAACAUAAGUGCCUUAGAGCAAUAAUCUUGUUGUGAUACAUUUUCAAUACCUAGGGAUACAUGUAUUUUUCUAUGUGUAGAAUAAAAACUGCUUUGU